AUGCGACAAGGAAAUGCGACAAAGGCUGUUACAAGUAAUGCGACCGAGGCUGUUACAAGUAAUGCGACUGAGGCUGUUACAAGUAAUGCGACAAAGAAAUGCGACAAGGAAAUGCGACAAAGGUUGUUACAAGUAAUGCGACCGAGGCUGUUACAAGUAAUGCGACCGAGGCUGUUACAAGUAAUGCGACAAAGAAAUGCGACAAGGAAAUGCGACAAAGGUUGUUACAAGUAA